AUGGACAAGGAAACCGCCCAUGAGAUUUGGAGUUAUCUAAAUGAGAAAUAUGGGGCGGCCUCCAAUGAUCAUGAUGAUUUUAAGACCAUAGAGGAAAUACAUGAGGAUGGUGAGCACAUCCACGAUAUGGUAGUUGUGGAAGAUUGCUCCACCUCAUGGUCAAGUGAUGAUGAUGAUGAAGAUGAUGAUCAAUGUACAACUAGCUCACUUGACAUGAUUGAUGGUGAUGAUUCAAGUGCUGCAAAUGAUGAUCCUACUCAAAGCACACUUGAUGAUCAAGUUGGUUCAUACAUGGAUGAUAUUUCUAUUUCAAGCUCAUCUCCAUCAUCACAUUGCUUCAGGUCACAAGGUGACACAAAGGCUUGCUUGAUCCACCGGGGCAUUGGCAUGAGGGGAGGAGCUGGAGAGAAGCUCCACCACAAGGAGGCCAAUGUCGCGCACGGCAGCGCAGCCGUGUACGGCGGCGCGGGGAAGGGGGCGGCCAAGUCCUCCUCUUUCCUCUACGGCUUCUUCCUCUACGUCGUCCUGCCGGUGCUGGUCUUGUACUUCGUCGUCAUCGCCGCGUCACAGUUCUACAACCCGCGGUGCUCGCCGGAGGGCAACGUCGUCAUGGCGAGCCAUUUCAUGGUGGCCAAGCCCAACGUUUCGUUGAACGCUUCGUCCUCGGUUCCUCCUCCACCGGCUCCUGCGGCCAAGGCGAGGGUAACGGCGGAGGAAGCGCCCACCGGGCUGCGCCACAUCGCGUUCGGCAUCGGCGCGUCGGCGUCGCUGUGGCAGAGCCGGAAGGAGUACAUCAAGCUGUGGUGGCGGCCGGGGAGGAUGCGCGGGUUCGUGUGGAUGGACCGGCCCGUGCAGGAGUUCUACUCCAAGAGCUCCCGCACGGGUCUCCCGGCGAUCAUGGUGAGCUCGGACACGUCCAAGUUCCCCUACACCCACGGCGCGGGCAGCCGGUCGGCGCUCCGGAUCUCGCGCAUCGUCUCCGAGACGUUCCGGCUGGGGCUCCCCGGCGUGCGGUGGUUCGUGAUGGGCGACGACGACACGGUGUUCCUGCCGGAGAACCUGGUGCACGUGCUGUCGCAGUACGACCACCGGCAGCCGUACUACAUCGGGUCGCCGUCGGAGAGCCACAUCCAGAACCUCAUCUUCUCGUACGGCAUGGCGUUCGGCGGCGGCGGGUUCGCCAUCAGCCACGCGCUGGCGGAGGAGCUGGCGAAGAUGCAGGACGGGUGCCUGCACCGGUACCCGGCGCUGUACGGCAGCGACGACCGCAUCCACGCGUGCAUGUCGGAGCUGGGCGUGCCGCUGACCCGGCACCCGGGGUUCCACCAGUGCGACCUGUGGGGCGACGUGCUGGGGCUGCUGGGCGCGCACCCGGUGGCGCCGCUGGUGACGCUGCACCACCUGGACUUCCUGGAGCCGGUGUUCCCGUCGACGCCGUCGCGGGCCGGGGCGCUGCGGCGGCUGUUCGACGGGCCCGUGCGGCUGGACUCGGCGGCGGUGGCGCAGCAGUCGGUGUGCUACGACCGGGCGCACCAGUGGACGGUGUCUGUGUCGUGGGGGUUCGCGGUGAUGGUGGUGCGCGGGGUGCUGUCGCCGCGGGAGAUGGAGACGCCCAUGCGCAGCUUCCUCAACUGGUACAAGCGCGCCGACUACACGGCCUACUCGUUCAACACGCGGCCGGUGGCGCGGCAGCCGUGCCAGAAGCCGCACGUCUACUACAUGCGGGGGAGCCGGAUGGAGCGGCGCCGGAACGUGACGGUGACGGAGUACGAGCGGCACCGGGUGAAGCACCCCGCCUGCCGGUGGCGCAUCGCCGACCCCGGCGCGCUGCUCGACCACAUCGUCGUGCACAAGAAGCCCGACCCCGACCUCUGGAAGAGGUCGCCGAGGAGGAACUGCUGCAGGGUGGUGUCGUCGCCGAAGAAGGGCAAGGAUCGGUCGAUGACCAUCGACGUUGGCGUGUGCAGGGACGGCGAGUUCGCCAAGGUCUAA